GCAGUACAAUCUAGCACAGCACCCGCGGCUUCGAGCUUGUCUAGCACGGCACCCAGUUCGGUGGGACCACGAGGCCGUAAGUGGCGCAUAGGAGCUGAGCGUGGCAAUUGCCGCGCAAUCGGGCUGUGCUUGAAAAGAGAAAAGGGCUUGCGGCGCUACUUACUCUGCGGCAGACUGUUGCCAGUCUACCAAUAAGGUGUGUGCAAAGAACGGCAACUAGCGUACGUCUCCUCUUGCGAUGCCUCGCCCUUCAGGGUUCACGGAAGCUGAACUUGCGGCAGCGGCAUGGCGGCGGAACAUGAAGAACAAGGGAGCAAACGCGCAGGAUGUCGAGCAGCGAGAGCGGAGCGCUCAAACAGAGCGCGGAUCGGAGCGCAACGCGGAGCGCAAGUCAGAGCGCAGAGCAGAGUCUAAGUCUUCCUCCUCCGGAAGGAAGAAAAAGAAGAGCAGCAGAGACAAGGACGGCAAGAGCAAGAGGGAUGCCGUGGCGAGGAAAUCGAUCAGAAAAAGCAAGUCCAAGCGGCGAGAACGCAAGAAGCGCGGGGGCAGAAGCCGCAGCGUCAGCAUGGGGAGCGUCGACUCCCUCGGGCGGCAGCGCGUGAGGCGCCGCCGUCGCCAUCGUUCCCCGUCGGCCGGCGGCAGCGGUAGCAGCAGCCCUAGCCGGCAACGCCGCAGAAGAAGGCGCGAGCAAAGAAGGGGACGCCCCCCCGCCUCCGGCAGAAGAAAGCCGGCGGACGACGAUGAUGACGAGGAGAUGAACGACUUGGAGAAGGAGUUUGGUUGGAGGGGGAUGCANGGCGGGGGGGGGAGAGGCUGGAGCAGCGCCAGUAGCAGCGGCAGUAGCAGCGGGAGAAGCUUGAGCAGCGACGGUCGGGUGUUCGUCGAGGACGCGGAUGGGGCAAGAGACGUGGAGCCACAAGCCGCUGGGGCCGAGGAUCCAAUGGCCAGGGUCGGACUGCUCGGGAUGCUGGGAUCAACAGACGAUGUCCCGUCGGACCCUCGAAGGCCAGACCACGACGACCGGGACGCGCGGUGGCGAGGGGGCAGGGCGGGCUUUCCCCCGGGAGCGCGAACCGGCAUCGGAACCUCCACGGCCAGAGGCAGGGGGGCGAGCGGCGAAUCGUCGAGCGAGCUGGCGUGGAAGAGAGCUUGUCUUCGCGACCGACGGGAGCGAGGGCAGCGGGGGCACCGUAGCGGAGACUCGGAGGACGGGGAGCGGGAGGAGUUACAUGGCCGAGGGAGGAGGCGGACCAGGAGGAGAAGUCGAAGCCCGGGGGGUGAGGAGGUCGCACGGAGCCUCAGCAGAAGCAUCAGCCGGGAGAGACGAACAAGGGCGAGUAGCCGGAGUCGAAGCGCCAGCUUGCGAAGGAGCAGGAGCCGCGACAGGGCCGUCACCGGGCUGCUGGACGAGAUUAUGGGCAAGGUUAAUCCUGCCGAUGUCGCUGAGACGUGGACCCACGACAUGUACGAAGAGACGGCGGGGGCGGACAGCCCUCCACGGCCGAGUCUACCUCCCGGGUACAAACCCGAGCCUGAGGCGUGGGUCAGCCGUGCCGGGGGGGUAUACUUGCCUCUCAAGCCGCCUGCGUGAACACCACCACGGGAAGCGCUGGUGUUCUUUUCAUUUGGGAAUCCCCGUUGAAGCGUAGGGCGAGAGGCUCCCGGCGGGGGAAAGGGUUGCUUGUUGAAGCAGACGCUGGCCGAUUUUGCCGUGGUAAAGGCAGUCGUUGUUGGUGCUCGCUAUACGCGCUGAUGUAAUCUCCGCGCAUAGGUACCGUCUAGCGAUGGCGUCUAAGGCAGGCAGUCGCCAUACUCCCAAGACAUGAUUUGGUUGACGUCUACGGUCUGUCGGGAGCACAAGGACGAUCUUGUCAGGAAACCUUUCGAGGAGACACAACAGCAGUCCGAUCGCGCGGUCCGGGUAGAUGAACCGCGCUCCUUGUUCUCGGGCAUGGUUUGCUUGCUGCCCAUGGCGUGGUCUUCAAGGUGUUCCCGUCAACGCGUUGUCUCGGUUAAUCGCCUGGUCAGGCUCGUCGUCGGAGUUAGUUGGCCCGGCCGAUCUAUUCUGGUAAGAUAAUGUUGUUGGCACCUUUGGUUUUGUUCGAGGUGGUUGCGAGACGCCAUGGCCUUGAUUUGAUGUAUGUACGCAAACGCCCGUUGGUCUUAUGUCGUCGAAACCUUGGUACUUAAAAGUAUCUGACUUUUUUU